AGAUCCAAUUUUAAAAAUAAAUUACCCCAUACAUUCAAAAUUAAUAUUUAUUUAUCAAUCAAAAAAAUAAAAACUUCACACACACAGCUGUGGUCAUUAACGAUGUGGGAGGACUUGUUAUCAUCAAAAUUUCCAAUAAACACCCACACCCAUCUCUCACAUAUGUGUAUCUUAUGAUUGUCACUAAAUAGGUGGACAUUUAACAAAUAAUGAAAUUUUCCUGGAUAACGACCAUAUUAAUAUUCAAAUUAUAUUUUCAGGGUUACACUGAUGGUCAUGCGAGAAAAUCUAAGCAUCUAACCGAUAAAGAGGUCAUUUCCAAUCUUAUGCUAGGCAAAGGUGGAACGACCAUAAUAGAAACAGGAUUAAGCGAUCACCUCGUUGCUAAAAAUGGAGUCUUUUACACUUGUUCAUCGAUGAAAAUUUUAGAAACAACUGUAAAGUGUAAAAGCAAAUUCCAAGAACUAACUAUAGACGAUACGGAGAAAUAUUGUUUUGCCCAAAGAUACUCAACAUGGCAUAAUACAAAGUCAACGAAGUACUGUAUUGGAAAUGAUGGGGAAGAAGCUGCAUUUGGUUUUAGCAAGGGUAGAAAAAAAUUUUUGGAAAGUAAUGAAAUAAAUGAGGAAGAUGAUGAAACUGAAGAGAGUGUCAUUCAAUGUGUAUCAUCAACCGGCACUCCAGCUUUGUUUAUCGAUCAUACUGAAUACGUUAAGAUGUGCAAAAUAAAACCAGACCAAGAACGACUGUUUGUAUUUUACGCCAACACCAAAAGAAACGUCCCGCAAAUUUCUCCUGCCAGUUCGAUACGUUGCGAUGGGUUAGUUUGUCGGUUUCGGGCCAAGUUAAAAUUGGACACAACUAUCGCUAGCUCGUUCAGGCGCAACAGAUAAGGUGGAUACACGAAGGAAUAGAUAGGGGGAUAGAUAGAUAUAUGAACACAAAAAAUGAACAUAACGACAAUAAAGAUGUGUACAAGUUUGA